AUGGAGACAUCGUCGAUUUUCCAAAGUACGCCUGGCAGAGGCCGGUCAAGAUUCUCGAAGAUGUUGCCACAACGCCCUGAAGAGAAAUCACUGAGCAUGGAAAAGAAGACGGGUCCAUCAUUGUUACAGUCAGCUCUUCCUCCACUGCCAGAGGGGGAGGCCAAGAAGCCCAUAUCGAUACCUCGUCGGCCCGUUGGAUCCCAAUCCAGCCAUGCGAAAGCUCCUUCGAUAGCGAGUGUCUCUUCAGUCUACUCUGACAGUCCAGGGCUGUCGAGGAGUUUGUCAAAUGGCAGUAGUCACAACACACUCGAUUCACUGACUGGUGUUGACUCAACACCACCUUUACCUUCAAAAGGCAAUCAAAGAAGUCACACCAUGCCAUCGAGCCCCACCAUUCUGUCUAGUCCUAUAUCAAGCCUACGCUCCUCGCCAUCACGACCCGAAAUUUGGAAACGUCGAUCUGUGAGGAGUGAAAAGAGCCUCAGUUUUCCGGAGUUAAAGUUGGACAGGAGCAACGGAUCUACCGCGAGCCCACCAAGAAGGCAGGAGCAACCAGCACGAGCUCAAAUACCACGAAGCCUUGCCGGUCGAAAGCCAAUUCCUGCUCGUCCUGCACCGCCGCAACCAGACUUGAUGGGAAACAAGCUGGCAAAGCUGAAGAACAAGAAUCUGGGAGGGUCAUCCGAAGAGACCAGCAGCGAUGAAGCCCCGAAUCCAUACACUUCCUUCAAGCGGCUGCCGACUCCAGAAUAUCUAAAGACGGACAAUACACAGCCUUUGACACCGCAGGUCGUGUCUCCAGUAUCGCCAGUCACUCCUCCCGGAGAACAAGCCCCCGAAGUCCCUCUGAAAUCAGACGCAAGACCAAAUGUCGCGUCCGUCCUCCUGGAAUCUACGAACCGACCGAACCUUCUCUCUACACACUCUCGAGAACCCAGUGAGACCCUCACAAUCACCUCCGAACCUCCUGUCAUGAGAUCACCGCAACCGAAGAAAGCUUUCGCAGCGAAAAUCCUCACUCCACAGCCAUCACCAGACAAAGCUUCACCACUCUCUCCACCUUCUCCCCUAUCUCCCCCAGCGGGGCUUGGCAUAAAUUUCCCUACAUUACCGGCGUGUGCUGGGAAAGGGACUGUCAUGCCGGGGCUGCCACUGAGUACUCUACAUUUCGACUGCUACCAGUCACACAAGUUUAUGAAGAGCUCGAGGAAUACGUUGUGCCCGAUAGCGUGCAUGAUCUGCCAGAAAAAGGAUGCGGAGAUGAGGUGGAAGUGCACGUGGUGUUGUCUAAGUGCUUGUGGGUCUUGUAUGCAGAUGCUAUCUUCGAUACCAGGGAAGGAUUUAAGAGUUUGUCUGGGACGAAUUGGGAAAUUAGAAAAAGAGCUGGCUCCAGGGCAAUAG